AUGGAGUCGUUCACCAUCACGACUCCUUGCUCCUCUGCCAAUAUCGGACCUGGCUUUGAUGUUAUUGGCUUGGCCUUGUCCAUAUAUCUCGAGCUGACCGUCACCAUUGAUCGGUCCAAGUCAUCGUCCGAGUUGCCCCUGAACUGCAGAAUCACAUACGAGGGCGAGGGCGCGGAAUCGGGCAAGGUGCCACUGGAUCCGGCAGCCAACCUCAUCACUCGGGUUGCGCUAUAUGUACUGCGAUGUCAUGACCAGCGAGCCUUUCCCGUCGAGACGCAUGUGCACAUUAAGAAUCCGAUCCCUCUUGGCCGCGGUCUGGGGUCGUCAGGAGCUGCUGUCGUGGCCGGUGUCAUGCUUGGCAAGCAGGUCGGAGGUCUUCACCACCUAGACGACGCCCGGCUAUUCGACUUCGCUUUGAUGAUUGAGCGUCAUCCCGACAACGUGGGAGCUGCUCUCUUUGGAGGCUUCGUUGGGACGUACUUGAAGCCCUUGGCACCCGAGGAUAUGGCACGCGUCGAGAUCCCUCUGAGUGAGGUGCUGCCAGCACCGGCCGGAGGUCUUGAUACCGGCAAGCGCCCGCCAGAGCCGCCUCAUGGUAUCGGUCAUCAUAUCAAGUUCCCAUGGGCCAAGGAGAUCAAGGCAAUUGCCAUCAUUCCCAACUUCGAGGUGCCCACGGCGAAGGCCCGUGAAGUAUUGCCCAAAGACUAUCCCAGGCAGGAUGUGACUUUCAACAUGCAACGUAUAGCACUUCUGCCAGUAGCAUUGGGACAGUCGCCGCCGGACCCAGAACUCAUACAUCUUGCUAUGCAGGACAAGCUGCAUCAGCAAUACCGGCAGACCCUGAUUCCAGGGCUGGGGGAGAUUGUUGAAUCCAUGUCGCCAAGCACGCAAGAGGGCCUUCUCGGGGUCUGUCUGUCAGGCGCAGGUCCGACCAUCCUCGCGCUUGCGACAGGCAACUACGAGGAGAUCGCGAAGAAGAUAAUGAGCAGGUUUGAGAAGAAUAGCAUCGACUGCAGAUGGGAGCUUCUGGAGCCCGCUGAGGGAACCAAGGUCACAACCAGACACGUGUAA